AUGGCGUCUGGGGAAGCGACCGGGGACACCGCGGCGACCUGCGGCCCCACAUGGCCCGGCCCGGCAUGGCCCGGCAUUGGCGGUCACGGGGUCCAAGGAGGUGUCAAGCCUCGGGCUGAAGGGGAGAGGGGCUUCCGGUUUGCAGCUUAUGGAAAUACUUUCCCUCCUGGUUUUGAAUACAGCCGGAGUGGAAACCCUACCCGGAAUUGCCUGGAGAAGGCCGUGGCAGCGCUAGAUGGAGCUAAAUACUGUUUAGCUUUUGCUUCUGGCUUAGCUGCUACUUUGAAUAUUGCUCACCUGUUGAAGGCGGGGGAUGAGAUUAUCUGCAUGGAUGAUGUCUAUGGAGGCACAAACAGAUACUUCAGGACGGUAGCCAUGAAAAUGGGUUUGAAUGUAGUUUUUGUUGACUGCACAAGGAAGGAAUGCCUGGAAGCUGCAAUUACACCGAAAAGCAAGCUGGUUUGGAUUGAAACGCCCACAAACCCCACGCUGAAAGUCAUUGACAUCCGAGCCUGUGCAGACGUAGUCCACAAGCAUAAGGAUGUUCUUCUGGUGGUAGACAACACUUUCAUGUCUGCCUAUUUCCAGCGUCCUUUAUCUCUGGGGGCUGAUAUUUGCAUGUAUUCUGCAACUAAGUACAUGAAUGGGCAUAGUGAUGUUGUGAUGGGACUUGUUUCAGUAAACUCUGACGAACUCCAUGAAAGGCUCAGAUUCUUACAAAACUCUCUGGGAGCCGUUCCGUCUCCCUUUGACUGUUACCUGUGCAGCCGUGGCUUGAAGACAUUACAAAUCCGGAUGAAGCAACAUUUCCACAACGCAUUGGCUGUCGCUCGCUUUCUUGAGUCCCAUUCCCAGGUGGAGAAGGUCAUUUUCCCAGGCUUGCCUUCGCACCCUCAAUAUGAGCUGGUCAAGCGGCAGUGCACUGGCUGUCCUGGCAUGGUCACCUUUUACCUUAAAGGAGGUCUUAAACACGCUACUUCCUUUCUCAAGAAUGUAAAGGUUUUUGCACUGGCUGAGAGUCUGGGCGGAUAUGAGAGCCUAGCAGAGCAUCCGGCCAUCAUGACUCACUCUUCGGUGCCUAAAGAACACAGAGAAGCUCUCGGCAUCAGCGAUACAUUAAUUCGCCUGUCAGUUGGGUUAGAAGAUGAAGAAGAUUUACUGGAAGACCUAGACCAAGCCCUGAAAGCUGCGGUAAUUUGCAGAGCACAAGGCUUGACAUUUACAAACCGAAACCUGGAACUGCAGGUUGAAAUGGCUGACGAAGCUGGCACAGAAAGCCACAUUGCUAAAGAUUUGCCUUUGAUUCGCCUUAGAAGAUUUCACUCUGCUCAACACAAGGCUGCGUUCCUGGGAUCCCUCACUGUGCCGUGA